AUAUUCAAACACUAAAUAAUACUUCAGUUGCUUGCAAGCCCAAAGUAGAAUCAGACUUCAUUUAAAUUUAUUUCACAAUAUUAUGGAUUUAAAUGGAAAAAACGUCGUUUACAUUGGAGGAUGUGGAGGAAUAGGUAGCGCCACUUGCAAAUUACUUGUGAAUAAGAAAGUUGCUAAUUUAGCAGUGUUGGAUGUUGUAGAAAAUGUUGCAUUAAUCAAAGAACUUACAACACUUAAUCCUUUGACAAAGGUAUUUUUCUUGCGCAUAGAUAUUUGUGAUCGGGACAACAUCAAGAAAUGUCUCACUGAAGUCAUCUCUAAAAUUAAAACAAUUGAUGUUCUCAUCAACGGAAGUGGGGUAUGCAAUGAAUUUCGUGCUGAAAUACCUAUCGGGGUUAAUUUGUUAGGAUUGAUUAACAGUUGUCAGAUUGGUCUAGACUUAAUGAAAAGACCACAAGGAGGGGGCUUAGUUGUGAAUAUAGCAUCAAUAGCUGGAUUAGUUGGAUUUCCUCUAACUCCAAUUUAUAGUGCAACCAAAGCCGGAGUUAUUACAUAUACAAGAGCAAUGGCUGACAAAGUGAACUUUUCUAAAAAUGGUGUUUCAUUUAUCUGUAUUUGUCCUGGAAUUACAGCAACAAACCUUUGUGUUCAAUUUACCACAGAAACACAUUCGCCAAAUUCGAAAGAAACGUUAAAACUUUUCAAUGAUGCCAAACAGCAAACACCAGAAGAUUGUGCUUUAAAUAUUGUUAAAGCAAUGGAAUUAUGCAAAAAUGGUGCUGCUUAUUUGUGUGAUCUUGGUAAAAUGAAAGAAGUGGAAAUUCCAACUUUCUGUUAGGUUAAAAAAUACUUUAAAGAAAAAGAA